AUGCAGGUCAUCCCCAUAUUUGCAAAAUGCGUCACUUGGUUCAGUUUUAUUGUUCCUUUUGUUCAAUCAUUUUCAGAAGCUCGAGGCGCAGCAGCAGCAGUGUUUAGACUUAUUGACGAGGGAAAUGACUCAAAUGUCAAUGAAAUAGAUGUAUGGGAAGAAGACACAGAACCGAUUCAUGAUAUCAACGGUGAUAUUGAAUUUAACAAUGUCAGCUUUACUUAUCGAUCUCGAGAAGAUACAUCAGCUCUGCGUAAUCUUUCUAUUAUUGCUCAUGCUGGUCACACAACUGCUCUUGUAGGUUCAAGUGGCUCUGGAAAAAGUACAUGCAUAUCACUUUUUCUUCGUUAUUAUGAACCUUCAUCGGGUCGAAUAAUGAUUAAUGGUCGAUCAAUAACAGACUAUAGUAUUAAACAACUUCGGCAAAACAUUGGAAUUGUUAGUCAAGAACCCGUUCUAUUUAGUAUGAGUAUUUAUGAAAAUAUUCGUCUUGGUAAAGUAGAUGCAACACGAACAGAAAUUGAACAAGCAGCACAAGAAGCAAAUGCACAUAAUUUCAUCAUGCAAUUACCAAAUAAGUAUGAAACAUUUGUUGGUGAACGUGGUAUACAGUUGAGUGGUGGUGAAAAACAACGUAUCGCAUUAGCUCGUGCUCUUGUCAAACAGCCUACAUUUCUUUUACUUGAUGAAGCAACAAGUGCACUUGAUAAUGUUAGCGAAAAAAUUGUUCAAGAAGCGCUCGAUCGAAUAUGCAAAGGUCGUACAACUAUUGUAAUUGCUCAUCGUUUGACUACAAUUCGAAAUGCUCAUCAAAUAUAUGUAUUAAAUAAUGGAACUGUGAUUGAACAAGGUACACAUGAAACAUUGAUGACAAAAGAAGGAGGUAAAUAUCAAUCAAUGGUUAAACACCAACAAAUGGAAAGAAUCACUGAUGAUGAACAUGCUAUGAUGCUCUCGCAAAAUGACACAGAAGAUGAUAACAAGUCGAUAAUUGAACGAACUUGUUUGCUGAGUGAUAGUCCAACUGUUGAUGUGAACAAACAAAGUUCAAAGCCAUUGAGAAAAAGAUUUGUCGUUAUAAGACUUUUAUUAAUGAAUAAACCUGAAUGGAUCACUAUCUUGAUUGGUUGUAUAGCAUGUAUACUUAGUGGAGCAACUCAACCAAUGUUCGCAUUUUUACUUGCCAAAGUAGUUGAUUAUACAGCUUUUAUCAUAUCAGGAUCGAAAUUGGCACAACGUAUUCGUUCGAAAGCAUUUGCAUGUCUUCUUCGUCAAGAAGUUGCUUAUUUCGAUCGACCUGAAAACAAUUCUGGUACGAUUUGUACUUGUCUUUCUUCUAAUGCAUCAGCUGUGCAAGAGAUGAGUAGUACGCGAUUAGGAGUCAUCUGUGAAACUCUCACAGUGACAUUUUUUGGAAUUUUAUUUGGAUGUCUCAUAAGUUGGCAAUUAAUAUUGAUCGUUUUUGGUUCUCUUUUUAUCCUAUCUAUAAUCACUUAUGGGGAUAUGCGGAUAGGCCUAUGGAUAACUGAACAAUCCAAUCAUAUUGUUGAACGAGCAAGCGCGCUUGCUGGUGAAGUUAUUCACAAUAUGCGUACAAUAAAACAACUAUCAGUAGAAAAAGAAAUGCUACGACAAUAUUCUGAACUUAUUCAUCCGACGUUUAUAUUGUCUUGGAAACCUUUGAUACUAAGUUCUAUCGCAUAUGGCAUAUACUGGACACUAGAUAUAUUCACUAUGGCAUUCGUGUAUUGGUAUGCGCUCGGCCUCUUUGAAAAGAAAGAACUCACAUUGAACGAUAUUUUAAUGGUGAUUGCUUUUGCUACUUUUUCGAUCGAAGUACUAAGAAUCAUUGGAAUGAUGUCUAGCCGUAUCGCUUCAUCAGUCUCAAGUGCUGAAGCAUUCUUUGAUUUAUUUGAUCGAAUACCAUCUAUCGACAAUACAUCUACUGAAGGACAAGAAUUGGUUGAUUUUCGUGGUGAGAUAAAAUUUGAUCAAGUCAAAUUUAGCUAUCCACCUCGGCUAACAUCUAUUAUUCUUAACAAAUUUCAAUUGAAUAUCAAACCAAGUCAAUGUGUAGCUCUUGUUGGGGCAUCUGGAUGUGGGAAGUCAACAAUUAUUCAACUGUUGGAACGAUUUUAUGAUGUUACAAGUGGUCAAAUACUUCUUGAUGGCAUUGAUAUUCGAAAACUAAACCUUCAUUCGGUUCGUUCUCAUUUUGGUCUUGUCAGUCAAGAACCAGUUUUGUUCGAUUUAACGAUUGCUGAAAAUAUAGCAUAUGGCUUAGAAAAUGUUUCAAUAGAAGACAUUAUCAAUGCAGCAUGUAGAGCUAAUAUUCAUCAAUUUAUUGAGCAAUUGCCUCAGGGUUAUGAAACAAAAGUAGGAUUGAAAGGCAGUUUUUUGUCAGGUGGUGAGAAGCAACGUAUUGCUAUUGCUCGUGUUCUUCUUCGUCGACCUAAAGUAUUGCUCUUAGACGAAGCUACAAGUGCCAUGGAUUCAUACAAUGAACAAAUUGUGCAAGAUGCUCUUGAACAAGCUCAAAAAGAAGAUUCUAGUCGAACAUCACUUAUGGUUGCUCAUCGUCUAUCAACUAUUCGUUCAUGUGAUUUGAUUUGUGUACUUGAUAGAGGACAUAUAGUAGAAAGUGGUACACAUGAAGAAUUGAUACAAAGACAUGGAGCUUAUUAUGAUAUGCUUGUUCAAAACAAUUUACAAUGA